AUGCAUUUCACCACAACUCUCGUCUCUGCGGCUAUUCUCGCGGUCGCCCACGCCGGCCUGCCUAUCGCGAGUCUUGAGUUUCAAUCUUGGGAGACCUGCGACGUCGGUGUUCCAGUUCACGGUGAACCCAAGUUCAAGGCCAGUGUCACUGCUACCACUGUGACUUGUGACAAGACCACCGUCAACCGUGACUGGAGUAUCGACAACUUCGCGUUCAAGGCCUACAUCGACACCAAGGACGCCCUCUUCUGCAAUGGUGUCCACGUCUGGAACAACGACAACUGCGCCGGUGAUUCCGACUACUUCAUGCCCUUCGAUCACCAGCCCGUUGUUCAGGGCGUGUGUCUCCCCGAUUUCCUGGAUCCUGGAUUCGUUUCCUUCCAACUCGACUGUGAUUUCCCCGGUGGUGGCGUGGGUGCCAUCGGCGAGGCAGCUGGCCAGAGCAAUGGCCCUGAGUCUGGAUCCGACUCUGACUCUGACUCUGAUGCCGUUUAA